AUGGGCGAGAGGCAGGGUACACUCUGGAAGAAAACUACGAUCCAAAGAAGAAGCAUGACUUCAGUUCCAGACUUUAACUGCCCUACUGUCCAACUGUCCAAUGGUCUACAAAUCCCAGUACUUGGUUUAGGCACGUCCCAUGAUGGUGGCUACUCUCAUGAUGCUGUGGUCUUCGCGCUCACUCAUUGUGGCGUGCGCCACAUUGACACCGCAAAGCGCUACGGCUGUGAGAGGAAACUGGGAAAAGCAAUUCAAGAAAGUGGGCUCUCACGAGAUGAUCUGUGGCUAACCAACAAACUGUGGCCCGGGGACUACGGAUACAAAGCAACAAAAAAGGCCUGCCUGGAUUCCUGCUCUGAGAUGGGAGUUGACUAUUUUGAUCUCUACCUGAUGCACUGGCCAGAAUCCCUGAAACCUGGUUAUUCUAAUUCAGAGAUGAGAGCUGAAACUUGGAGAGCGUUGGAGGAGCUUUACAAAGAAGGGGUGUGUCGUGCAAUUGGAGUGAGUAACUUUCUGGUUCACCACCUGGAGGAGUUAAAGGACAGCUGUAGUGUGGUGCCACAUGUUAACCAGGUUGAGUAUCAUCCUUUCCAGCAGCCCAGUCACCUGAUGGACUACUGCCGUAAGGAAGGGAUUGUGUUUGAAGGGUACAGUCCUUUGGCAAAGGGCCAAGUCUUCAACUGUCCCAUUAUUAACCAGAUUGCAAAGAAGCAUGCACGAACACCAGCUCAGAUCUGCAUCCGCUGGAGCAUUCAGAAUGGAGUUGUCACUAUACCGAAGUCUAUCAAGAAGAAUAGAAUUCAAGAAAACUGUCAAGUGUUCGGGUUCAAGCUGCAAGAGGAAGACAUGAAUGCUUUGGGAAGAUUACAUGAUGGAAGGCAUGUUUCUUGGGAUCCAACAAGUAUAAUUUGAAGGUAAAUGGGAGGCUAUCAGGCGUGUUUGUCCUGAAGCCAGUUUGGUCAGUGAAGAACUAAUACUGGGAUGAACUAUGACGGCUCUUUUCCAUCCAAAAAAAUAAAAAGAGGCGGGACCAAAAAACUACAUUUUGUGCUUGGACUUUAUACUUGACAUGCCUUAAACUAAAGAAUAAAUGAAGGAAAAAAUAGACA